AUGGAUUAAUCCGCCUAUAAUAUGGACUCAAAAUAUGAGUACCCACAUCUUAUGGUUAGAAGGAAAAAAUAAAAGCAAUAACGGGUUUGUUAUUGUAACUCAGGGCCUUAUGCAGCUACACACUUUGUAUGUAUAAUCAAUCCAGCCGCUCUAUAAAAUCUAAUGCGAGUGCCUCCUUUAAAAUAAACGAGAUCUCCGAAAAAUUGUAUCAGUUUCGCGAUGUAUUCGUUCAAAGUGGUUUCAUUAACCUUAUUAAUAUUCGAAUUAAUAUUAAGUUUUUCAAAUGCCACUGAUGGUCGUAUUGUUGACCUCCCAAAUGGUCAGAUGCAAGGUUCCUUGAUUGAAAACUACUAUUCCUUUACAAAUAUACGUUAUGCGGAACCUCCGGUACGUUUUGAACCAUCAAAACCUUAUGAGUCCAAUUGGGAAGGUAUUCAAAAUGCAACUGGUGAAAUGCUUGCUUGUGUUCAAUUUGAAAGAUUUGCAAAUUUUACUAAAGGACAAGAAGACUGUUUAUUUUUGAACAUCUUUACUCCGCAAAAAGCAGAUAACAACAAUCUUUUACCAGUAUUCAUAUACAUUCAUGGUGGAGCCUUUAUGUACGGCUCAGCAGCAUUUUAUUCACCAAAAAUCAUAAUGGAAGAGGGGAAUAUGAUAGUUGUUACAAUUAACUACCGACUCGGACCACUAGGAUUCCUUUCAACUGAAGAUGGAGCAAUUCCAGGAAACUUGGGAUUAAAAGAUCAACAAUUGGCCUUAAGGUGGAUCAAAAAGAAUAUUCAUCUUUUUGGUGGAGAUCCUGAAAAGAUUCUCUUAACUGGAGAAUCAGCUGGAGGUGCAUCGGUGCAUUUCCAUGUUUUGCAAAUAGAAACUGAAAACUUGGUAUCAGCUGCAGCAGGGAGAAGUGGAUGUGCUUUAAAUCCUUGGGUAAUGCAGAAAAAUCCCAGGGAAAAAACUGAAACCUUAGCAAAGCUUUUGAAUUGUCCAAGCGAAGGAAAGGAGUUGAAAUGUUGUUUAAAGGAAAAACCUAUUGAUAAGAUAUAUGCAGCUGUAGGGAAAAUGUUCAAGUUUUUGGACAAUCCCUUCAAUUUGUUUGGGCCAGUUGUUGAAAAGGAAAACACGCCUGGUGCAUUUAUGACUGCAGAGCCUCGAAGACUCAUCCAAAGGGGUGAAAUUGCCAAUAUUCCAUAUAUGGUUUCAAUGACUAGUGAAGAAGGAGCUUACAAUGCUGCCUUCUUUCUAAGUAAGAACAAGAACGGAGUGGAAUAUAUUGAUGAACUUAAUGAACGCUGGUUUGAAUUGGCGCCAUAUCUUCUAUUCUACUACGAUGAGCCUUGUAAAGAAUGCAAGCAGAAGUUGUCCGAGAGUCUCAAGGAGAUGUAUAUGGGUAAAGAAAGAAUAUCUCGCAAAAGUUAUUUGAAAUUGCAAAAAAUGUUCAGUGAUUUGAUUUUUAUCAAUGGCAUUUUGGAAACCAUAAAACUUCAUAGAAUGUUUGGACCACGUCCAGUUUAUAGUUACAUUUAUGCAAAUCCUCAUAAAUAUGGUGUAGGAAACUUUUUCGCCAAUGAUUUGGAAUUCGAGUUUGGAGCAACUCAUGGCGAUGAUGAGGCACUUUAUCUUCCAUUUAUUCCAUUUGCCCAAUUUGAGAAUGCCACAAACUUAACUAAUAUGAAAAUUUCAAAAUAUUUCCUUAAGAUGUUUGAAACGUUUGUUUCAGAGGGGAUUCCUCUGUUCAAAGAUACCUCAUUACCUGCCAAUGAAAAUAAUCUGGAACCAAUAAAGUACUUGCAGAUAUUUGGAGAGAAAUAUUGUAUAGGGCCAUGGAUGAGUAACAAAACUCAGGAGUGUCAGCAGAGCGAAACUUGUUUUUCUUAUUAAAAUGUAAAUGUAUGUGAACCAUUAUCACGUAUUAUUUUUGAAU